AUGUCUCGCGCCCUGCUCAUAACGGGAGCCACCGGCAAACAAGGCGGCAGCGUCAUCAAAUCGCUGCUCGCCAAAAACCCCGACUUCCAGAUCCUCGCAGUCACAAGAGACACGACCUCGCCGGGGGCAAAGAAACUGGCCGCCGCGUCUCCCAAAAUCACCCUCGUCCAGGGAAACCUAGACGAUGCCGAGGGCAUUUUUAAAAAUGCCACAAAGGCAACCCGGGUCCCCAUCUGGGGCGUUUUCAGCGUCCAGCCGCCCGCAAUGAAAAGGUCCGGCGCCAUCAUCGAGGAGGCCCAGGGCAAGUCAUUGAUCGACGCGGCCGUGAGGCACGGCGUGAAGCACUUUGUGUACACGUCCGUGGAUCGCCACGGCGCCAAGUCCAUCGACAACCCGACCAAUGUUCCGCACUUCAUCAGCAAGCACCACAUCGAGCACCAUCUCAUAGACAAGGGCAAGAAAGGCAUGUCGUGGACGAUUCUUAGACCGGUAGCUUUCAUGGAGAACCUGGCGCCCGGUUUCAUCGGCAAGUUCUUUGUGACUGCGUGGCGCGACGCAAUCAAGUCUCGCCCGCUGCAGCUGAUCUCGACCGAUGAUAUCGGCGCCUUUGCCGCGCUGUCCUUCAUGGAGCCCGAGAGGUUUGCAGGCAAGAGCAUCUCGCUGGCUGGGGAUGAAAUGACAUAUGCCCAGCUGGAACAGGUCUUUAGGGAGAAGACGGGCGCCCCUCCGCCCACUACUUUUGGCUUUGUGGCCUGGCUCAUUUUGCAGCUCUCGGUCGAGAUGAAGACCAUGUUUAGGUUCUUUGAGACGGAAGGCUAUGGCGCCGAUAUUGCUGCUGUUAGGGAGCUUGACCCUGAUGUCAAGGACUUGAGUCGCUGGCUGGAGGGGAGUGUUUUUGUCAAGUCGAAACGAGCGUGA